AUGUCUUCCACUUCCGAUGACGGUAGCAAUGCGACUCCUCCUCCUCCCAAGGCCGAUCUUGCCCCACCUACUCCAACAUCUGCCAAGGCGGAUUUUCAUCCUGCUCUUGUCGUUUCCAACAUUAAGAAUCACAUUCCUCUUGUCCUUGAUAUGGAAACUGAUCGCUAUGGCACGUGGGCGGAACUUUUUCACAUUCAUGCCCGUUCUCAUCGGGUUCUGCAUCAUAUUGUUCCCUCCACAGACAAACCCCCACCAGCCGUCACUGACCCCACCUAUGAUCAGUGGGCUACUUUGGAUUCCAUCGUCCUACAGUGGAUCUAUUCCACCAUUUCCCUUGACUUGCUGUCCACAGUCAUGGAACCCAAUUCCACAGCUUUGGCCGCUUGGGAGCGUUUGGCUGAUAUCUUCCAUGACAAUCAGAAUGCGCGUGCAGUUGCUUUGGAGCAGGAAUUCUCUAGUGUCCGUAUGGAGACCUUUCCGAAUGUCACUACUUACUGUCAGCGUCUGAAGACGCUUUCUGACUAG